AUGGUGAACACCCGGAAGAGCUCUCUGCGCCUUCUCGGGUCCAAGUCGCCGGGGCCCGGGCCUGGAGCCGGCGCCGAGGCAGGGGCGACGGGAGGCAGCAGCCAUUUCAUCUCCUCUCGGACCCGCUCCUCCAAGACCCGCGCCGCCAGCUGCCCGGCCGCCAAGGCCGGCGGGGGAGGCGGCGCCGGCGGCGCUGCGGACGAGGCCCGGAAAUCUGAAGUUGAUGGUAGUUUAAGUGAUAGCCACGUGUCUCCACCAGCCAAACGCACUUUGAAACAACCUGAUUCUGUUUGCAAAGACAAAUCCAAAUCACGAAGUACUGGUCAGCGAGAGGAAUGGAACAUCACUGGACAGGCCAGGUUAACUUCUCAGCCUGGUGCUACAUUAUCAAACGGACAUAGUAGUCUAUCCCUUCGAAGCCAUCCCCUUCGAGGGGAAAAGAAGGGGGAUGGAGACCUUUCUUGUAUGAAUGGGGAUAUGGAAGUCAGAAAAAGUUGCCGUUCCAGGAAAAACAGAUUUGAAAGCGUGAACCAGAGUUUGUUAUUUGACCAACUAGUAAAUAGUACUGCUGAAGCUGUACUGCAAGAAAUGGACAACAUUAACAUUAGACGGAAUCGUCGAUCAGGAGAAGUGGAACGACUUCGAAUGUGGACAGAUACAGAAUUUGAAAACAUGGAUAUGUAUUCAAGAGUGAAAAGGCGGAGAAAGUCACUGAGAAGAAAUAGUUAUGGGAUUCAAAAUCAUCAUGAAGUCUCUACUGAAGGUGAAGAAGAAGAAUCUCAAGAGGAGGAUGGAGAUAUAGAAGUUGAAGAGGCAGAAGGAGAAGAAAAUGACAGACCAUAUAAUUUGAGACAAAGAAAAACAGUGGAUCGAUACCAAGCACCUCCAAUAGUACCAGCUCAUCAAAAAAAGAGGGAAAACACGCUGUUUGAUAUUCACAGAUCUCCAGCAAGAAGAAGCCAUAUCAGGAGAAAGAAGCAUGCUAUUCAUAGUAGUGACACAACUUCUUCUGAUGAAGAACGUUUUGAAAGAAGGAAAUCAAAGAGCAUGGCAAGAGCGAGAAAUAGGUGUUUGCCUAUGAAUUUUAGAACAGAAGAUUUAGCCAGUGGUAUUCUCCGAGAACGUGUUAAAGUGGGCACAAGUUUGGCUGAUGUUGAUCCAAUGAACAUUGAUAAAUCAGUACGGUUUGAUAGCAUAGGUGGAUUGAGCCAUCAUAUUCAUGCACUAAAGGAAAUGGUAGUAUUUCCACUAUUAUAUCCAGAAAUUUUUGAAAAAUUUAAAAUUCAGCCUCCAAGGGGCUGUUUGUUUUAUGGACCUCCUGGCACAGGUAAAACCUUGGUUGCCAGAGCACUAGCUAAUGAGUGCAGUCAAGGAGACAAAAAGGUGGCUUUUUUUAUGCGAAAAGGAGCAGACUGUCUGAGCAAGUGGGUGGGUGAAUCAGAAAGGCAACUUAGGCUUCUUUUUGAUCAGGCAUAUUUGAUGAGACCUUCUAUAAUAUUUUUUGAUGAAAUAGAUGGAUUAGCUCCAGUUCGCUCUAGCAGACAAGAUCAGAUUCACAGCUCUAUAGUGUCAACCCUCCUUGCUCUUAUGGAUGGAUUAGAUAAUAGGGGUGAAAUUGUUGUUAUUGGUGCUACAAAUAGACUUGACUCUAUAGAUCCUGCUCUCAGGAGACCUGGUCGUUUUGACAGAGAAUUCCUUUUCAACUUGCCUGAUCAAAAGGCAAGAAAACACAUAUUACAGAUUCAUACCAGGGAUUGGAAUCCAAAAUUGUCAGAUGCUUUUUUAGGUGAAUUGGCCGAAAAAUGUGUUGGGUAUUGUGGAGCUGACAUCAAGGCCCUGUGCACUGAAGCUGCUCUGAUUGCCCUGCGGCGGCGUUACCCCCAGAUCUAUGCCAGCAGCCAUAAACUGCAGCUCGAUGUGUCCUCAAUAGUGCUCAGCGCUCAAGAUUUUUACCAUGCAAUGCAGAACAUUGUGCCUGCUUCCCAGCGUGCUGUCAUGUCUUCGGGACAUGCACUGUCCCCCAUCAUAAGGCCACUGCUAGAAAGAAGCUUCAACAAUAUCCUCGCAGUCUUGCAAAAAGUGUUUCCUCAUGCUGAAAUUAGCCAGAGUGACAAGAAAGAAGAUAUAGAUACUCUAGUUUUAGAUGAUAGUGAAGAUGAGAAUGCUCUAUCAAUUUUUGAGACCAGUUGUCACUCAGGAUCACCAAAGAAACAGUCAUCAGCUGCUGCUGUACAUAAAUCCUACCUUCAUUUUACAAUGUCACCAUAUCAUCAGCCAACCUCUUACAGGCCAAGAUUAUUGCUGUCUGGAGAACGAGGCUCAGGUCAAACUUCUCACCUUGCUCCAGCGCUUUUGCACACUCUAGAAAAAUUCUCUGUGCACAGACUAGAUCUCCCAGCACUUUAUUCAGUUAGUGCCAAAACACCUGAAGAAUCAUGUGCACAGAUUUUUCGUGAAGCUCGGAGAACAGUACCUAGUAUUGUUUACAUGCCUCACAUUGGUGAUUGGUGGGAAGCUGUUAGUGAAACUGUGAGAGCAACUUUUCUGACCUUGCUACAAGAUAUACCAUCAUUUUCACCUAUAUUUCUGUUGUCUACCUCUGAAACCAUGUACAGUGAACUUCCUGAAGAGGUUAAAUAUAUCUUUAGAAUACAGUAUGAAGAGGUUUUGUAUAUUCAAAGGCCUACUGAAGAAGACAGAAGAAAAUUUUUCCAAGAAUUGAUUCUUAAUCAGGCAUCAGUGGCUCCACCACGAAGGAAACACACUGGUCUUUGUGCUAUGGAAGUGCUUCCUCUUGCACUACCUUCUCCACCUCGUCAAUUAUCAGAAUCAGAAAAAAUUCGGAUGGAGGACCAGGAGGAAAAUACUUUAAGAGAGUUGCGGUUGUUUCUCAGGGAUGUAACCAAGAGGCUGGCCACAGAUAAACGCUUUAACAUCUUCAGCAAACCGGUUUCAGAUUAUCUUGAAGUAAUCAAGGAACCAAUGGAUUUAUCAACAAUAAUAACUAAAAUUGAUAAGCAUAAUUACCUGACUUCAAAAGAUUUCCUGAAAGAUAUUGACCUCAUCUGUAGUAAUGCUUUAGAAUACAAUCCAGAUAAGGACCCAGGAGAUAAAAUAAUUAGACACAGGGCUUGUACCCUGAAGGACACUGCACAUGCCAUCAUUGCAGCUGAACUGGAUCCAGAAUUUAAUAAACUCUGUGAAGAAAUUAAGGAAGCAAGAAUAAAAAGAGGCUUAUCGGUAACAGCAGAACAAAUAAAUCCUCAUGGUACUGGAACUCGGAAGACAGAAACUAGAGUUGAAGAGGCAUUUCGGCACAAACAAAGAAAUCCAAUGGAUGCCUGGCACAACUCUGCAAAUAAAUUUCGAGUUCGGAGAAAAUCGAGGCGGCGAUCACAGUGGGGUAAAGGAAUUAUUAAGAAAAGGAAAGUCAAUAAUUUAAAAAAAGAUGAAGAGGACACCAAAUUUGCAGACUAUGAGAAUCAUACGGAGGGCAGGAAAUUGCUAGAGAACGGAGAAUUUGAGGUAAGCACUGACUGCCAUGAAGAAAACGGAGAGGAGGCUGGAGAUUUGUCUAUGACUAAUGAUGAGUCAUCAUGUGACGUCAUGGACAUGGAUCAGGGGCAGAGGCUUAACAGUGGAGCGGGCACAAAAGAGAACUUUGCAUCCACCGAAGAGGAAAGUUCCAACGAGUCUCUCCUCGUCCACAGCAGCAGUUCUGUAAACCCGGGACAGACUUCUGGGAAAGAGCCUUUCCUCAAAGGGAGCUGUCUCAAUGGCGAGGCCUCCACUGACAGUUUCGAAGGAGUCCCAGCUCUGGAGUGCCAGGACGGCAAAGCAGAAGCAGUUCCCCUCUGUAGCAACGGGGAUAAAUGUAGCCCCGAGCGGAAGGUUCUUCCGGGGGACCAGUCAAAAGAGAAGCCAGCAGCCUCUGCUGAAAACCAUGGAGAUGAUCCUGAGAAGCGAGAAGCCCUGGAAUGUAGCAGUGAUGAGAAGCUAGAACCUGGCCCUGAUGUGGAGGUCAAAGACCCAGAGCUGGAUAAAGAAGGUGCUUCUAAAGUAAAGAAAUAUCGUAAGUUAAUUUUAGAACAGGCAAAAGCAACAACCCUGGAGCUGGUACCAGAAGAGCCGGCUGAGCCUGUGCCACCUCUUAUAGUUGAUCAUGAGAGAUUGAAGAAAUUGCUUGAUUUAUUGGUAGAUAAAAGCAACAAUCUGGCAGUUGAUCAACUUGAGAGAUUAUAUUCUCUUCUUAGUCAGUGCAUCUAUCGUCACCGCAAAGAUUAUGACAAAUCACAACUUAUUGAGGAGAUGGAAAGAACAGUUCAUACAUUUGAGACAUUCCUAUGA